AUGUACUGGGCCGAGCUUGAAUGUAAGAAUCCUGGUUCAAAAAUAAAUGUAAAAAAAGACAGUGAUGGACAUGUUAAAUAUGCUUUCAUGUCAUUGGGCGCAUCAAUACAGGGAUGGAGAUAUUGCAAACCAGGCAUGGUAGUUUAUGCAACUUUCCUGACCUGGAGAUACGACAGAAGCUUGUUCACUGCAUGUACACAGGAUGUAAAUAAUUCUAUUUUCAUACUGGCAUUUGGUAUUGGGGAUUCGAAGAACAACGACUCUUGGAGUUGGUUCCUUAACUGCCUUAAUGAAACAUUCAGGGUAAGGGAUGGCAUAUGUAUCAUCUCAAAUCGUCAUCAAAGCAUCGAAUACAUGGUCAAUACAAUUUUCACAGGUGUACAUCACAGUUUUUGCACACACCACAUUCUUCAGAAUUUGAGGACAGCAUAUGGCAAUUCUACAAGCGAGAUUACAAAAAUGGAAUACGAAAAGAGCUGGAGAGGUUCACAUUCAUAUUGCAAAUGUGAUGAUUACAUGAAUCUCUUCAUUUCCAAUAUUUAUGCAAUUCUGGUUAAAAUUGGUUAUGAAAAAGGGUCAAGGACACUUUCGCUUACGAACAGAUACGAUAUAAUGACGACAAACAUUUUGGAACCGAUACAUGGUUCUCGAAGAACAAAAGUAUCUACUUCAAAUGAAAACUUGUACCAAGUGUCGGAUGAAAACAUGCAACAUGUUGUAGAUUUGUAUAUGAUGACAUGCACGUGCAAUCGUUUUCAGAAGGACGGAGUACAGUGCCAAUAUGGAUUAGCUACGAUCGACAACUAUCGAUGUCAUGGUGAGAUAUUGCCGUCUAUAUCAAAAAGGCAAUCAGGUAGAUUCAAGAAGGCUAGGCGAAGAACAAGGGUUGAGAUGUCCAACCCAACAAGGUGUCGAAAAUGCGGGGGUUUGGAUCACAAUAGGAGAACUUACAAGCAACCUUGGAAAAACUUGAGCAACUAUUCACAUUCUCGAAUUGCAUGCAUCAAAAUUGUCUGCCAUCCUAUUGAUCGUGUGGUUGAUAAUAUAUUUGACAAACUUAAUGACAUACAGACUGCAGUUAUGGCUGCAAAAUAUGAGAAUUCAGAAUGUGGUCUUCAUUGCACUUUGCAUGCAGGGAGUACAGAUAUUUUUUCUAUGAAAACAUAUGCUUCUGCAUACAUGUACAUAACCAAAUGA